CGGCAUGCGCUUGGCGAGCAAUAGAACAAAACUGCAGAGCAAACAAACAAAGAGCUGCAUGCCAAUGCCGUGCUCUAGAGUUUAGAAUUUUAGAUAUCACUCGAGCCUCGCAAAGUUUCACUUCACUCAUAGGUGAGUGAGCCAGCGAUCGAGCAAACGAACAGACGGGAGUAGUUACAACCUUGCUGGUGGUUGAUCGCCAUGGAGGUGAAGGUGCUGAGCUCCAAGCUCGUGAAGCCGUCCUACCCGGCGGGCGCGCCGCGGCCGGACACCAGCGAGCACGUGCCAUCGUCGGUAUUCGACAAGGUCACGUACCACAUGCAGAUGGCCAUCAUCUAUGCGUUCUCGCCGCCGGGGCCCUCCACGGCCGACAUCGAGCGCAGCCUCGCUGCGGUGAUGGGUGUGUACAGGCUUUUUGCCGGCCAGGUCCGCCCGGGCCCGGAUGACGCCCCCGGCGUGCUGCUCAACGACCACGGCGCGCGGUUCGUUGAGGCGACCGUGGACGCUCACCUCGCCGACAUUGCGCCGACGAAGCCGUCGCCCGUCGUGCUGCAGCUGCACCCGGACCUCGAGGGAGAGAUUGAGGAGGUGGUGCAGGUGCAGCUCACGCGGUUCGCUUGCGGCUCGCUUGCAGUGGGGUUCACCGCCAACCACGCCGUGGCCGAUGGGCAUGCCACCAGCGACUUCCUCGUCGCGUGGGGACGCGCCGCGCGAGGGCUCCCCAUCGCCCAGUUGCCGCCGCACCACCACCCGGACCUCUUCCCGCCGCGCGACCCGCCGCACGUCGAGUUCGAGCACCGCGGCGUGGAGUACUACCGGCCCGCGCCGUCGUCCCAUCCAGCCGCCCACGGCGAGACCCAACACAACAUCGUGAUCCACAAGGCGCACUUCACCAAGGACUUCAUCGCGGGGCUCCGCGCCAAGGCGUCGGAAGGCCGCGGCCGCCCGUUCAGCCGGUUCGAGACCAUCCUCGCCCACGUGUGGCGCACCAUGACGCGUGCGCGGGGCCUCGGCAACCCGCACCAGGCCUCCACAAUCCGCAUCUCCGUCGACGGGCGGCCGCGCCUCGCCGCGCCGCCCGGCUACUUUGGCAACCUCGUCCUCUGGGCGUUCCCGCGCGCCACGGUGGGUGACCUCCUGAACCGGCCGCUGAAGCACGCGGCGCAGGCGAUACACGACGCGGUGGCGCGCGUGGACGGCGCCUACUUCCAGUCCUUCGUGGACUUCGCGAGCUCCGGCACGCUGGAGAAGGAAGGGCUGGAGACGACGGCCGUGCUCAAGGACGUGCUGUGCCCGGACUUGGAGGUGGACAGCUGGCUGACGUUCCCGUUCUACGAGCUGGACUUCGGCGCCGGCAGCCCAACCUACUUCAUGCCGUCCUACUUCCCGACGGAGGGGAUGCUCUUCCUCGUUCCGUCGUACCUUGGCGACGGCAGCGUCGACGCCUUCGUGCCGGUGUUCGAGCACAACCUCGAGGCCUUCAAGCAUUGCUGCUACUCCAUGGAGUAGCCAGGACGAGGCCAAGCGAAGCUUCAAGGGCCUACUUGCAUGCAUGCAAGUAUUAAUUAUCUCCGUAUAUCGUAUUUUCGUACGUAUGCACCCCGUAUUUCGGUUCCACUGCGUGCAUAUGCGCAUGUAGAUGUAAAUAUAUUCCCAACAGUUGGGCAUGGCUUUCCUGGUAUUCUUAAUCCUAAGUUAUGUUUUUGUCUUGUACGACGUCUGUGCUCAUGAACUUUUGUGAGCUCAGCAGAGCGUGCGUGGUCGCCCGUGAUGCAUAUGGCCUCUUCUUUUCCUA